AGAAAUGCAGCCGUAAAUUUUUGCGUGCGAAAUAUUAUUUGUGUACGUAUUUCGAAUUGGUAUGGCCUCGACUUUUUGGUAUCUUUGAUAUAAUAAGACGGAAGCAAGUUUCACAGCACAGAGCACGAUUCUGCACUUAUUUGUAAUUUUUAUACAAUGAAAAAGUUUACAUUAACUUUUUAAAAUUGCAAAAUGAUUUAUUUUGAUUUUUGCACCUCCUGAAACGCACUUAGUUGCACAUUUCUCUCAUUAUCACUGCUAACUGCACGCACCGAGGCACGCCACCAACAAGAUGAUAAAUUGUAUAUUGACUGGAAUAUUUCUAUGGUGGUUGGCUUGUGCACAAAGUAAAGCGUUUGCAGUUAGUCGCACAAAAGAAUAUCGAGGAACGGGCGAAGUCGCCAGCAAAGAUGGUCUCAACGCGGAACCAACCUGUGAGGAACUCAAGGCGAUGUGGCGAUUCUCCAAGCGGCAAUCUAGAGCUGCAGAAGUUACUAACGAAAUACCCACCUACCGAGAUCCAUUCUCCUACAAUAUGUGGGAACCAUAUUACGCAGCGAGAUCGAGAAGCAUCGGAGGAAUGCGGAUCGGAGGACGCUACCGAGGCCGUCCAAUAUAUGGGCGAGUUGUUCACAAAGCACCCGUGCUACGAGUACACGAUGUGGCUGAACGAAAUAGAGCAUUUGAAGAGUUAGCAAGAAUAUAUGGAACGGUACCUAGAGGAUCUGAACCAAGGCGGCGAGUUACCGCUUUUCGUCUUUCUGGGGGCAGCCACCUCCCACAAGUAGCGUUAACACCACAAAGUGGCAGUUUUCAGCAUCUAAAGGAGUUAAUCAGAACCGAGAGAGCUCGGGAACUUCAAGAGCAGCGAAUGGCCGAAGAAGUUGCGGCUCAAGCGGCAUCCUUAAAGGAUAGCAUUAACUUCAGAAACCAAGCAAACCUACGUGACAUGACUUAUAAUUACGAUCCGGAUGGGCAAGAUGAACAAAAUGAGAAUUACGAAGGGCAUUCUGGCAUUAUGGUCUUUCCGGAUCUAUUGGCUGACUCGUACCAAAAUAACUUACAGAUGGAGGAUUAUUAUGAUAGAGACAGAUCGUAUCCGGGAUCACACAACUCCGCUUUAUUCGGCAGCAGUUCCUUUAACAAUGAAAUGGAUAGCAUGAUGCUCUAGAAGAAGAGCAAGGUAAACAGUAAAUCGGAAAUUUCAGGUUGACGAACGUUUUUAACAAAUGCUUGACGCUUUCUUUGACAAUAUGCAUUUUGUGCUACUUUUACAAAAAAAAUUGUCGUAUACAAUAUAGGAUAACAUCUAUGAUCUAUAGAUGUAAUAUUUAAACGCUUAAGAGAAUUAAGCGUUUAACUAUGAAAAUUAGUUUAUUGUUAAAAACUUAAAAUAUAAAUGUUUUGACUUAGAAUGUGGACUGAUUUUAAAUGAUCAAUUAGAGUAUGUAUAUCGCGGCUUUAAACACGUUUGUAAAUUAGAUAAACGCGUUAAGGAUACUUGGUUAUUUUUGUAACUAUAUCUUUGUUAUGUGAUCAUAUGAGGCUGGUAUGAUCAGGGGUUAAAAAAAACUUAUUUGUUCCUUUAAGAGAAGUAACUGUGAAGUCUGUUACCCAUUAAAAAUAAUACAUUUAUAUGCGUUUUCCUUGUAUUUAUCAUCCGCUCAAAUACUUAGACCGUAGAAAUUGUUAAAAAAUGUUAUGAGCCCAAUAUUAUAAACUACAGUUACCUACCGUUUGAAAACGAUGAAAAAUAUAAGGAUCCGCAAAAAUGUCUGUUCAUAACAAUCACUAAUACCUUUAGAGCUUUUUGAUAAAUAAUACUAGAAUAGAAGUGUUAGAACGUGAUAUUAAAACAUCGUAAUCAUAUACGAGUGAAUCACAUUGUAGGUUAUUUUUCAGUAGGUAAGUUGGAAAUGGAAAAGGUACAGGUUUGACAUAUCUGCUUUCUGACGUAAACACCGAAAAAAUCUUUCAUAAAUGCGGUUUCUUUCAGAAACACUCCCUCAUAUAAUCUAUGAAUGAACCAGACAACCUGUUGCAAAUAACAAUCGAUAUCUUUUCCUUACUGGUCAUAAAGUGCACUCGUACUUAAAUGCUAUGUACAACAUAUCGAGCGGGUUUUUUUGCUAUUAACCGUUUAUGAAGAUUUUUAAUUACACAUAUCCCAAAAAAAAUACGUUAGCACAUAUUUAUAUUUUUGAAAUUUGUCCAAACAUAUCUUCAGAUAUCAAUUAGGAAAAUCACAUCUAACACAAUUUUCUGGUACAAAAGAAAACGAAAUUAAGGCAUUAGGGUUAAUGUUUACACGUGUCUUCCCUAUCGUAAGAAAAUUACUAGGCUUUAAGAAUGUAGGUAGAACAAACCAUAUACACGCAAGCGCAUCCAAUCGCUCAAUAUUUCCAAAAUGUUUCCCAUUUGAUUCAGGAAGACACCGUCUUCCACCAACCAAAGACUAAUAAAAAAUAUCAAUAUUAACGCUAACACUUGGAAUGUAGUAUUCUUGUUUCUAGAACGUAAUCAGACACUUUGUGAUGAAUUAGACAAUAAUUACAGUAUCCCUGUAAACUUACGUAAAAUUAUUUUUAAUUGGAACCUUAUACUAUAAAACUGCAAUGACAAUAACGUUAGUCAAUUUACUAAUAUUAAACUAAUUACCUGCGUGUAUUUAUAUCAGAAAAUACUUGGGCCAACAAUUUUCUGCUAUAAAUACAGUAAAAAACGACUACAUAAUUAGAUUGUCAAUUUCAGUAGGUGUGAAUGCACCUUUUAGUUACAUGUCUAACCUCGUUUUAAUCUUUAUGUAAACUCUAAUGCUAUGUAAUACUGUGAUGUACCUAUAGUAAACUUGGACAAUAUCAGAAACACCUAUGUGUGGGGUCUAGCAGUAUUUUUCACUUAGGUACGAGUGAAACCGUUAUUUUAUAUGUAAUAUUUAUAUGUAUCUCUAACUGGAAUAAAAUAUAUCUUGAGCAUUG